AUGGGCUUGGUCCUUCAACCGGAAACUGUUUAUGAACGCAUCCAGUAUCAGUUUGAGGAGGAUGCCUUCGACACGGUACCGGAUCUGAUCACCUUCUACGUGGGAUCGGGAAAACCCAUCUCUGUCGCCUCAGGAGCACUCAUACAGUAUCCAUGCAACCGGACCUAUCCUCUCUCCUUCUAUGGCCACAAGAUCGUCGGGAAUCAGCUGCACACCCAGAUGCUGGCGGGUCUACGCGGACUGAGCCCUCUCAGCUCGCCCAUGGGCAACGGAGCAGGACUGCCGAACAGCGUUCCAGGAGUGUUCAACUUCGAGAGCCCACAACAGCAGCCACUAGGCGGAAAUCCCCAAAGCUCCCCUCCUCGGGUGGGUCGUGAAGUUCCACCGCCUCCGCGGCUGCCAGGAAAGAAACAGCAGCGCUCCCAGAGCCUGACACCAGCCCAGGCCAUGGUGGUGAGCAACAUAAACAAAAUGCAAGAGCAGCAACAGCUCCUGGCCAACGCCAAUGGCAAUGGAAUGGCGCGCUUCCAGACGAUUGCCAGGUGCAAUCCCACUAGUGAGCUGCACCUGGAGAGCAAGUUCUCCACCCACUCGCUUCCAAGAACCAGCACUUCCGCUGCCCAUGAACUGCGCCAGCAAGCUGCGGCCCGAAUUUCGAGUCUGGCCAGGAACUGUAGCCUAGACUUGACGGAGGACACUGGACCGCCGAGCCCGCCUCCCAAGCCACGCAAGGAGGCGGUGGCCGCCGUUCUGGCCUACCAGGCCAGUGGCUCGGACUCGGGGAACGGCUCUGGAGACUCUGCCCUUGGAGAUGCCAGCGAGGUAAGCAUCCAACGAGGUGUUGUCAUCAAGAAUCCCCGGUUUAUGAGCAGCUCAGCCUCCAAUGGAACAUUGAAAAGCUUCACGGACUUUGAUGCUCUAGCCUCUGAGGAACAGCUUUUCGCUAUGGCCAUUGAGGAGAUUAAACCAACCAGCAAGUUUGAUUUUGAAAACUUCAGCACUCUCUUACUGCCAUCCGUGGAGAACAAACCUCUAGACGGUGAUGCCCUAAACACCUUCAAGAUGAUGCUUUUGGAAACAGGUCCAAAGCUGCUGGCGGAGCACAUAACCCGCAUAGACGUUGGCCUCUUAUUGGAUGAGCCACCCAACGAGGACGACUACUAUCUAAGUUGCUCGGGACUGGAACUACUGACUUUGCCCCAUGGAAAAAUCAUUCGGGAGGACAUUAUCGAAAGGACACAGUGCAUAAAGCUUAUGGUGGCUGUGACCAUACUCACCUGUCAAACGGAUCUCGAUCGCGCGGAGCUACUCAGCAAGUGGAUCCAAGUUGCGGUGGAAACCAAGACUGCCUUGGGAAAUCUGUUUGGAUUCUGUGCCAUCAUGUUGGGGCUGUGCAUGCAACAGAUCCAAAAACUAGAUCAGGCCUGGCAUAUCCUGCGGCAACAGUAUACGGACAGCGCAUUCACCUUCGAGGCCAAGCUGCGUCCCACAUUGAGCAGUAUGAACGAAGCCUCCAAUCCCCAGGCUCCGAAUACAACCGUUCCCCAUGUCCUACUCUACUCCCUGCUGAUCGAUCGUCCUGUUUUGGACAUCCUAAAUUACACGAACAUCGACGAUCGUCCCACCUUGUAUCACACCUGCAUUGCUCCCUGGGAGUCCAAGGCCGAUGACUUCGGAAUGACCAUCAAUUACCAGCACUUGGAUGCGUCACGCGGCUUCCUAAAGAACUUGGAUCUAUAUCGAAAGAAUGCCAAAAUCAUUCUCGAAGAUGCCAGCACCCGGAUGGAUGAGCUACUGUCAGACGCUUUUCGAACUGAGUUCCACGUUAAAUUCCUUUGGGGCAGCUCCGGGAUCACUGCCAAGGCCGUCGAUCGUCACAGCAAGCUGGAGAAGGUGCUAAGCCUCAUGGCUGACAAGUUCAGCAUGAUGGCCGAAAGUAAUAGGCAAUAAUCUCUAAUCUCUGACCCGUCAAUAACCUCUUUCUGUAACCAAUGAGUUAUGAUAAUCAAUCACUUUUCUCCCAAGUCCAUGUUUCUAUAUAACCAUCUCCGAUUGCCGAUUAACCCUCCGCCAAUUUAAAAUUCUUGCUGUCUCUACCUCAGCCUGAGUAUUUAAUAAUUAAGCAGAUACACAGAAGCACUUUAUGUUACA